CAGCGAACAAAACCAUGAGCGUAGUUGAAACACAUUUCCUGUUUGUUUCCACGAAGAAAAAACCCACGUCCAUCUCGACUGCACUCUAUUUCCUUUGCUGAACUUCUACACGUGCAGCUCAAUGGAAAAUGUGGCUUAUCAAGGUCUUCGGUGUCAUUUAUUUCACUGCUGUUUGUGCAGCUCAGUAUCCCCCGAAUGUCACCUCCAUGCCCAUUUCUCCAACCACUGAUGUUCCAGAAUCGAUGGAACCUUCUUAUUAUCUUCCAACAACUAUUUAUGAGCCUCCCGUACCGUCUCUGCAGCUACAGUCAGACUGGUUGGAUGUGUUCCCCUCUGAGAAAGUGAAGUUCAUUUGUGAAAUCAGUGGCAGCUCUGACUGGACCAUCAGCUGGCACAGGAACAACCAAUCACAAGAUGCAGAUCCGAACGUGUCUUUCUCUGCAGACGGAUCAGUGCUUACAAUCACUGCAGAAACACAAAUGUAUUCUGGAAGUUAUUUCUGCAAAGGUCAUCACAAAGCAAAGGCUGUUUCAACUCAAAGUAGCAACUCACUUGAACUCAAAGUUUUUGCAAACAAGCCCAAGCCCACAGUGAGUCGAAAACCAAACUUUGACAAAAUGUUCCUUGGAGAAUCUGUCACCUUCACUUGCGCGGCCGGUGACUUCUCUGGAUGGGAGUACCUGUGGUACCAUGACGGAAAAGAAAUUCAAGCACCCAAGACUGAUGUUUAUACUAUAGAUUCCGUAGAUCACUCUUACAGUGGAGAGUACUCCUGCAAAGCCAAGAGGGGCAAAGGCCCAUUCUACACAGAGGAGAGUGAAACACGAUCUCUGCUGGUCUCUGACCCACCUACAACAUCUCUGAAGCUGCUGUCUCCAUGGUUGGAUGUGUUCGAAAACGAGACCGUGGAGUUGAAAUGUGAAGUUGAGGGCUCUGACUGGUUGACGUUCACCUGGUACAAAAAUCAGCAGAAGCUCCAGACGGACCUGGAUGAAGACAGUCCAUAUCUCAAUAUUACUCAGGUCACUCAAACCGACCAAGGAGUCUAUGCCUGCAAAGUUCAAAUUGCCUUCAGGAAUGUCAUCUCCGAAUUGAGCAACAACGCCACUGUCAUAGUUUAUGAAAACACACCAAAACCCACAUUGAGCAAGGUCCCUGAUUUUGCCCAAAUGUAUGUUGGAGAAAAGGUGAACUUCACUUGCAAAGUUGACGUGUCCUCUGGCUGGAACUAUAAGUGGUACAUCAAUGGAACUUUGCUCCCAUCGGCCACCAGCAAAACCAUCACCAGUAGUCUUUCUGACGGAGGGAAAUAUUCGUGUAAGGCCACCAGAGGUGAAGAAACCUCAACCGCCCAAAGUGCGGAAAUACAGCAAGAUGUUCAUGAAAUUCCUCUUCCAGAUUUGAAGCAAACGACCCAGUGGUUGGAUGUGUUCCCCAGUGAGAGUGUGAAGUUGAGCUGUGACAUGCAGCGCGGCUCUGACUGGACAUAUACAUGGCGCAAAGACGGACAGAAGGUCCAGGCUGAUGAUAUUGUGUCUUUUGACUCCAAUGGAAAAACUCUCUCUAUCAGUUCUGCUUCAGCUAAACAUGCGGGACAAUAUAACUGUAACGGACACCUGCAGGGCAGGUCUGUCAUUAGCAACUCGAGUCCUGAACUUACCCUCACGGUGUAUGAUAAGAAACCCAAUAUCGUGCUGACACAGGAUCCAGGCUACAAGGUGAUGUUCCCUGGGGAAUCAGUCUCCUACAGCUGUCACCUCAAUGUCUCCUCUGGAUGGGAGUACCUGUACUACAAAGAUCGUGAUCAACUUGGUGUCUCUGGAAUCACAUAUUCAAUCAACUCUGUUGGGACAGCAAAUAGAGGAUCGUAUACAUGCCAAGCAAAAAGAGGCAAGACUCAGGUCUUCUUCAGCAGCCUGAGUCAGGUCAUGCACCUUGAAGUUAAAGAGAAAAAGCCCAAGCCCUUGAUGACGCAAGAGCCAAAGGCUGACAAAGUGUACGUUGGAGAGUCAGUGUCCUUCGUAUGUGAAGUUGAUGUCUCGUCUGGUUGGGAGUAUCACUGGAGUAAGGAUGGAAUUGCACUCCAUAGCAACAGCAAUGUUUUUAAAAUUCGUGACGCCAGUUCAUCAGACAACGGGAAUUAUGAGUGCGUGGCCAAAAGAGACAAAUCAGCGUACCAUACACUGAACAGCGAUAGACGAAGCUUACAAAUAUCUGAAAUUCCUGUUCCAGAUUUGAAGCAAACGACCCAGUGGUUGGAUGUGUUCCCCACCGAGAGUGUGAAGUUGAGCUGUGGGAUGGCGGUCAGCUCUGACUGGACAUAUACAUGGCACAAAGACGGACAGAGGGUCCGGCCUGAUGACACUGUGUCUUUUGGCACAAAUGGCACAACUCUUUCCAUCACUUCCGCUUCGGCUAAACAUGCAGGACAAUAUAAGUGCUCAGGAAGACUCAACAACAGGCCUGUCAACAGCCCCAUCACUUCUGGACUGACACUCAGUAUUUAUGACACAAAACCCAGAGUCACACUGCUGCGGAAACCCGAGUACGACGUGAUGCACACUGGAGAUCCAGUCUCCUUCAGCUGUCACAUCAAUGUCUCCUCUGGAUGGGAGUACCUGUGGUACAAAGACGGCUCUCCACUUGCCGAAUCUGAAAAAACUCGCAACAUCAGUUCUGUUACGAUGAAACACACUGGAUCAUACACAUGCCGAGUCAAAAGAGGACGGAACGCGGUGUUCCAGUCAGACCCGAGUCAGACUGUAAGACUCGACAUCCAGGAGCGCCCACAGGCCAACAUAAUCCUGUUGACUGGCUGGUCAGAGGUCUUCUCCACGGACAGCCUGGCGCUCAGAUGUGAGGUGCAGGAGAGCCAGGAGAUGUGGAACUACACAUGGUUCAGAGAAGGACAACCCAUCGAUCUGCCGCCAUCAAAGAGACAUGUGGUCACACCCCAGAAUGACCCAGAACAGAGCCUGUACACCUGCCGUGGAAUUAGCACCGGGAGACCGUCCUAUUCAAAACUCAGUGAAUCUUUCAAGACCAAGAACCUUCUUUUGAAGAGGAGGGUGCUUCUUUCCAUCUCUGGCUGUCUCUUCUUUGGCCUCAUUGCCGUUUUCCUUGGAUGCAUUAUCCUCAGAAUCCUUCACAAACCAGCUCGUAAUGAAGACAUGCUGGAAGAGGAAAACCUGUUUCUCACCAUGGCUCAGCUGAAGGACCGUACUGAUGCACCAAAUCCACUGGUUGAGUACAUCACUGAUGAGGCACUGAAUGCAUCAUCUAAAGAAGCGGAUGAGAAUGGCACGAUUUUCAGUGAAACAACAGCACUACCCAUAAGCACACCGGAGGACCAAGCUGCGACGACUGAGGGCGAUGGUACAGAAGAGGACAUGGGUGGGCUGAUUUCCUUCAAACAAUGAGUCACUGAAGAUGUAUUCAUAUCAAUGUAGCAAACAAUUAUCAAUAGAUUGAAAGAAUUGCCAUAGAGCUGUGAGGCCUUAAUGGUCAUUAUGAACCAGAGAAAAAAAAGCAAAUGUUUGAAUGUAUGAAAUCUGGACAGUCACUUUUGUACAAUGCUUAUCACCAGCAGGUGAAAAAAACAACCAUAGGACAUCAUAGGGUAUUUAAGAUUCAGCUUGUCUGGCUGAGCUCUACCUAGUGAGACUUUCAGCCUCAUUUGUGCUUUAAAAAAAGAUUGUUUUUGCUUUAUUUGACAAAGGUGAGAUUUAAAGGUCAUUUGUUAUCCCGCAAAUUUGCUAUCCUGCCAUAAACUGUGUGGACAGCUGAACAUUUUGACUUGCCUGCAGUAUUAGAUACAAUGAAAUGUCUAUUCAUUGAGAUUCAUCCUCUCAGUAGUGUUGGCACCAAAUGUAAUGGUAAUCAAUCAAAACAUGGAGGAGAUAUUGCACAGUGGAGAAAUGGACACGUCAUAUUUGCAAUACUACCGUGUAUAGAUUUUACUUGGUUGCACGGAAAUGGUGGUAAUUGUACAUUUUUUUAAACUGACUAAUUGUUGUAUUGGUGAAUUGACUGUCAAAGGCAAUGUUAAAAUAUGAAACAUUAUUUAUAUGAUAAGAAUCAAUAAUACACAGUGGUAGCUUUCAGUGACUGCAUGUAUUGUAAAUAAUGUGAUAAUCUGCGGUAUAAUUUAUCACUCCUUCCUCAACUACUAUUGCAAUUCUCAGAACAAACAGUUGGUGUCAGUAGAUAUAAGUUAACCUUCUCGCAACAUGUAACAGAUGAUUCAGCAGUGAAUGUUAUUGCUCUGCUCUCCUGAAGCAGCCAGUUGGAUACUGUAUAUGACACAUUUGUGAAGCAAUUCAAGCAUUGUUGUCUCCCUAUACGAAAUUAUCAAAAUAAAAAAUACAAAACA